AUGUAUAUUCCUAGGGUUUAUACUAAUGUGCAUUUAAAAAACUUUAUAAUUGUGUCUAAAAGGUCUGAAGUUGUAGAUAAUACUCAAAAGUCAUUGGUUAGAUGGGCUCACAGCUUUGCUGCUCCGCCAAGUCCUAAUUUGGACAGAUUAAAACAUGAAAUAAUCGAAAAGUUCCAUCCAAUUUGUUUCCAAAUAAAAAGAGAUUGCACAUUUGGUACGCAUUUGCAUGAUUCGCAUUUUAUGGGUAUCCUCUGUUCACCUUCAUUUGAAGGUAAAACGUACAAAGAAAUUAACUCUAUGGUUGAUAAAGUACUAGAAUCUAUAGGGUUGAAAGGACGUGUUCGGCUCCAUUGCCAGCCCCCUUCGAAGUUUAACAAAAUGUAUAGACAUACUAGGUGGAAAUGGAAUCUUGAUAAGUGA